AUGGAGGGAGUGUGCGUGGUCCAGAAGGAGAGUGAGGGUUUCUCCUGCGUCAUACUGCGCAUAGACAGGGAUGCCAUGGCAUGCCCUGUAUGCCCCCAAGAACGAAGUAUUUUGUUAGCCUUGGGAAAGGGCAGGGCAAUGACAGGCAUGUACGAAUCUAGAGGUACUGUGCGCGCCAGCCAGUUGAGUUGCGUCCGUGGCGUGGCGUUGUGGACCGACAAAAAAGUGCAGAUAAGAGCAAGGACAAAAAAAGGGAAGAAGAAGAAGAAGAAGAAGGUGUGGGCCAAGGCAAGCAGCACUGGCACCGCAGAGCGAUUGUUCCUUCACAGUAAUACUGCGCGGGCAGUGUGA